AUGACCACUACAAAUGCAGCACCUACUACAACAGCUACAACCGAAGCUGGUACGACAACUACAACACCUACAACUACAACUGCAGCACCUACUACAACAACUACAACCGAAACUACUACGACAACCACAACAUCUACUACGACAACCACAACUGUAGCUCCUUUGACCACCACAACUGCAGCACCUACUACGACAACUGCAACACCUACUACGACAACACGUACUACGACAACCACAACACCUACUAUGACAACAACUGUAGCUCCAACGACCCCCACAACUGCCGCACUUAUAACGACAACUGUAGCUCCUACGACCACAACUACACCACCUACUAUGACAACAACAACUGCAUCUCCAACUGCAACAACUGUAGCUCCAACGACCCCCACAACUGCAGCACCUACUUCGACAACUGCAGCACCUACUUCAACAACUACAACCGAAGCUGCUACGACAACCACGACUUCAGCGCCGACGACAACCACAACUGCAGCUCCAACUACAGCAUCUGUAGCUCCUAUGACCACUUCAACUGCAGCACCUACUUCAACAACCACUGCAGCUCUUACAACAACUACUCCAGAAGCACCUACUUCGACAACCACUGCAUCUCCUACUACAACAACCACUGCAGCUCGUACAACCAUUACAACAGCAGCACCAACUACAACAACUACAAAUGCAGCUCCUUUGACAACCACAACAGAAGCCCCUACAACAACAACUGAAGCUUCUACGACAACAAAUAUAUCCCCAACCACUACAACGUCAGCAGCUACUGUGAAAAUAACUUCAGCUCCUACUACAACAACUGUAGCUCUUACAACCUCAACGACUGCUUCACAUAAUACAACGAUAACUAAAGCUCCAACGAUAACAACAAUUGCAGCACCAAUUACGACACCUACAUCUGCAGCACCAACUUCGACAACUACAUCUGCAGCACCUACUACGACAACUACAUCUGCAGCACUUACUACGACAAUUACAACUGCAGCACCUACAAAGACAACUGUAGCUCCUAUGACCACUACAACUGCAGCACCUACUUCAACAACUACAAAUGCAGUUAAUACAACAACCACAACUGCAGCUCCUACUACAACAACUUUAGAUCUUUCGACCACAACAGCAGCAGCACCUACAACGACAACUGAAGCUCUUACGAUAACCACAACACCUCCUACGACCAUUACAACAGCAGCAUCUAUAACAACUUUAGCUUCUUCGAAAACAACUAUAUAUCCUACUACCACUACAACUGCAGCAACUACUUCGACAAUCACUACAGCUCCAGCUACAACAUCUUUAGCUCCUACGACCAAUACAACUGCAGAACCUACUUCGACAGUCAAUACAGCUCCAGCUACAACAUCUUUAGCUCCUACGACCACUACAACUGCAGAACCUACUUCAACAACCACUGCAGCUACUACUUCAAAAACCACUGCAGCUCCUACUUUAACAACCACUGCAGCAGCAGCACCUACUACAACAACUACAAAUGCAGUUCCUACGACAACCACAACUGCAGCUUCUACUACAACUUUAGAUCCAACGACCACUACAGCAGAAACACCUACAACGACCACUACAAACGCAGCUCCUACGACAACCACAACUGAUACUACUACUGCAACUUUAGAUUCUACGACCACUAAAACAGCUGCACCUACAACAACAACUGUAGCUUCUAUGACAACAAAUAUAUACCCAACCACUACAAUGUCAGCAGCUACUUCGACAAUCACUUCAGCUCCUUCUACACCAACUAUAACUCUUACAACUACUACGACUGCAGCACAUACUACAACUACAACUGAAGCUCUUACGAUAACCACAACUGCAGCACCUAUUACGACAAUUACAAUCGAAGCUCCUACGACAACCGCAAAUGCAGCACCAACUACAACUGCAGCACCUACUACGGGAACAACAUCUGCAGCACCUACUACAACAAUAACAACUGCAGCACUUACUAUGACAACCACAACUGCAGAUCCUACGACAAGCACAACUGCAGAUCCUACUACCAGCACAACUGCAGCACCUGCAGUGACAUCUGUAGCUCCUACGACCACUACAACUACACCACCUACUUCGCCAACCACUGCAGCAACUGCUAUAAUAACUACAACUGAAGUUCAUAUGACAACAUCUGUAGCUCCUAUGACCACUACAACUGCAGCAUCUACUUCAACAACCACUGCAGCUCUUACAAUCACUACCCCAGCAGCACCUACUAUGACAACAAAUGCAGUUCUUAUGACAACCAUAACUGCAGCUCCUACUACAACAACUUUAGAUCCUACAACCACAACAACAGAAGCACCUACAACAACAACUGAAGCUCCUACGAUAACCACAACACCUACUACGACCAUUACAACAGCAGCACCUAUAACAACUGUAGCUUCUACGACCACUACAACUGCAGCACUUACUUCAACAACCAUUGCAUCACCUACAAGAACACCUGUAUCUACUUUGACAAACACUGCAGCACCUGCUACAAUAACUUCAACUGAAGCCGCUACGACAACCACAACACCUACUCCGACCAUUACAACAGCAGCACCUGCUACAAUAACUACAACUGCAGCUAAAGCUACAACCAUAACUGCACCUCCUACUAUAACAUUUUUAGCUCUUAUGACCACUACAACAGCCGCACCUACAAUGACAACUGUUGCUCCGACGGCAACUAUAGCGCCUACAACCACUACAUCUACCAUACCUACAACAACUAAAGCUCUUACUCCAAUAACUGUAGCUCCUUCAACCAGCACCACAAAAGCUGCUAUGACAAUCAAUUCAGCUCUUACUACAACAACCAUUGGUCCUACCACCCCUACAACUACAGCAUCUACUACGACAACAACUGCAGCUUUUACGAAGACCCCAAUUGCAGCUCCUACAACUGCAGCUCCUACAACUGCAGCUCUAACAACUGCAGCUCCAACAACUGCAGCUCCAACAACUGCAGCUCCAACAACUGCGGCUCCUAAAGCUGCCACUGCAGCUCCUACAGCUGCAACUGCAGCCCCUACAACUGCAGCUCCUACAACUGCAGUUCCUACAACUGCAACUGCAGCUCCUACAACUGCAGCUGAUAAUGCUGCUCUAAUUACAACAGCUAUAGCUCCUACAACCACUACAAUGGAAGCUCCUUCAACAACCACAACUCCAGCUCCUUCGACAACCACAACUGUAGCUGCUACAAAAACCACAACUGUAGCUGCUACGACCACCACAACAGCAGCACCCACAACGACAACCGUAGAAGCAACCACACCCCUUCCUACUCUGUUGCUGACCACUCCUUUCAAUACCACAAGUGGAGGUUUUCCUGGCUGGGCUCUGGCCAUUAUCAUCCCUUGUGGCAUCGCUAUCAUUUUGGUACCUCUGUGGAUCCUGCUAUGUAGGAGAAUCUGA